GCGUGUGCCGGAAGUGGGCGGGCGGCGGCGGCUGCGCGCGGAGGCGGUGGAGGAGGUGCUGGGAGCAGCCCGGUGGCUGCUUCCCGCCCCCGAGCCGGAGCCGGUGCGAGUGGAGCAGCGCUGAGGUCGGGCCGCGAGUGGAGCCGGCUGAGCGGGCGCCGAGCUCCCGCCAUGGCCCGGAACACGCUGUCCUCGCGCUUCCGCCGGGUGGACAUCGACGAAUUUGAUGAGAACAAAUUUGUGGACGAGCAGGAGGAGGCGGCGGCGGCGGCGGCGGAGCCAGGCCCGGACCCGAGCGAGGUGGACGGGCUCCUGCGGCAAGGGGACAUGCUUCGGGCAUUCCAUGCAGCCUUGCGGAACUCACCCGUCAACACCAAGAAUCAAGCUGUGAAGGAGCGAGCCCAGGGCGUGGUGCUGAAAGUGCUCACAAACUUCAAGAGCAGCGAGAUUGAGCAGGCUGUGCAGUCACUGGACAGAAACGGUGUUGACUUGUUAAUGAAGUACAUUUAUAAAGGCUUUGAGAAGCCCACAGAAAAUAGCAGUGCAGUGUUACUCCAGUGGCACGAAAAGGCCUUAGCAGUAGGAGGACUAGGCUCCAUUAUAAGAGUUCUUACAGCAAGAAAGACUGUUUAAAAAAAAAAUAAAAAGACUCAUGUUACCUUGAGAAGAAUUCUGGAUGCCCAGGCUGGUGAAGAAGGGAUUGACAAUGGACCAUCUUCCUAGGAACUCCCAAGUAAACUAUUUCAGGACAUGUAUCUGCUGAAAUGUAUUUUAUUUUCAAGGUGGAGGGAAAAAUCGUCUAUUUCCUAAAUCCUGUUUAGGAUCUGAUAGUCUAUGCCUUUGUCUCCGAGUACUGCAGAACUGACAUUUUGACGAUCUACCAGGGUGGCAGCUGGCGUUGGUCAGGUGCACCUGUGUGCACUGGGGGAGGGAUGGUUUGGGCAGGUGCAGAUCCAAGGGCUGUGGUAAACGGGAGAGCUUGUGUUUUUGAAGUGGAAAAAAACCCAAGAGUUUGUACAGACAUCCCGUCUUCCCAGAGAAGGUGGACACUCUUGGGCUCAUUGUAAAGUGCCUGCUGCAUCAAUAAAGCUCUUGGCUUAUUAGUAUAUACAUUGCGGUGUGUUUCAUAUAUGUAAAAAAAUGGUAAUGAAUGGGAUGGUAAUGAAUGAGAGUUCAGUUGUUCCGGAAACCCGACGUGGGAGGAGUAGACCUGUGCCCCUGUUGAGUCACCCCUAGGAGCGAGCAUGGCAAUCCACAGGCCCUCUGCCACAGGACGCCAGCCUUGGCCUCAGAGCCGCUGGCUGCUGCAGAGAGGUGUUUGCUGAAUGAACUAUUUAUUGUUUCUUACUCCUUUGAUUUGUAUGUAAUUAAUUUUGGAGCUUAUUUAAUAAAGUGCCAAACAUUUAAUAAUUGA